AUUAGAUAUGGCCACCGUUACGGAGUACGCCGAAGCGUCCUCCUCAACUUAAUUUUCGGGCCAUCUCCCAGCGGAGCCUCGGUGCUGCCACUGCGGCAGGCGGGCUGCUGUUUUCGGCGAGCUAAUGUUUGUUCGUACAUGUCUCGGGAGGCGGUCGCUGCUGCGUGGCAGGCUCGCCGCGAGAGUCUCCUAACUGGCCGCUCGGUCCCGCAGCUCGUCGCAGCUGAAGAAAAUAGAACCAGUUGCCAGCCAAGCGGUCGGCGCCCGCGUCGCCGAACCGUCGCCGAGGGGUCGUCGCGUUUAAAGUUUCCCCUUGUUUUUGCGCAGCGUUGACUUUUGCAGCCGCUUGGAUUUUUUUAUUUUUUUUUUGGGGGGGGGGGCGCUCCGGUUUUGGCCACACGUUAAUGGUAACGUUGCUGGCCGUGGACUUGGGUGGCUAACAGCAACUAGCUACAUAACCCCAACUCGUGCGACGACAGCUGUCACCGGAGAAAGGAAAGUGAUCCGCAAAUGCGUUUGCAAGUGCAGCGGUUCCCUGCUGGAGGUACGCCGGCCGCCGCUCCGUCCAAUGGGCAAAGUUGGGACUAACAUCGCAGCGUUGGAAUAUAAUGAUAUGCGUUCUGCAUUUCUGAGAACUGCGGUGUUGCUCCGCUGGCGAGAGGCUAGCUAGCUCACUUAGCUCGCUAGCUAGCUGGGUGAUCAAAGUGCGACGUUUCAUCCGCCAGUGUUUCGGACAUGAAGAGGACAGCUCGCUGCUCAUAGGGCUGGAAGAAUGUCAUCAGAGGAUAAGACUGUGGAGCCCUCUGACCAGGGACCCUCACCGCCCUCCAGCAGUGUAGGGACCACGUCCACAGGAAGUCCUGCCCACGCAGACAAGCGACCACGUGGCAGGCCGCGCAAGGAUGCUGCUGCCAUCACACCCCAGGCACCACCCUCAUCCAUACCUAAGAACAGAAAGAAGGGUCGCACCAGAGGAAGGGUUGCUGUAGAUGAGGAGGACAGUAUGGAUGGGACAGAGAUAACAGAGUCCAUAGGCACUCAGGACACAGAAACACAAAUCCUGCCAGUGGAGACUGUGGAAGUGGUGACCAGUGAGGUGCCAGAGAAGGACGAGGCCUCUUGCACUCUGGCCCAGAGCCCUCCAGCUGAGAAUUCAGCAGGACCAUCUGUCCCAGGAAGUAGAGAAGUCAAAAGCAGUGAGCGUCUCUGUGCCUUCUGUUACUGCGGUGGCCGUAGCCUGUUGGGUCAGGGGGAUCUGCAAGUAUUCUGCUCCACGCCUCAGCUUGAAGCACUGUUCAGCCAGAAGUGUGGAGGAGGCUCGACAAGUGAUAGCAGUGAUGGUGAUAAAACCACUCAGCCAAAAAUGGCUGGAGAGACCACCUCAGGACAGAGGGAAAAGUCGAUUGUGUGUGAAAGCUGCGAGGAAGAACCAGACCCAGCCAGUCGAUUUUGGGAUGAACUGUCUCAUGUUGGACUUCCACAAGAUCUUAAAGUCCAGUCUGUCUUUGAGUCAGGGCAAUGCUGGGCACAUCAGAGUUGUGCCUUGUGGUCCGAAGGUGUUUGUGAGAGCGAGGGACAAUCUCUGCUUAAUGUGGACAGAGCCAUUGACUCAGGGAGCACAAAGCACUGUGCAUACUGUAAGCGCCUUGGAGCAUCCAUUAAGUGCUGUGCUGAAGGAUGUGCUCAACUUUACCAUUACCCCUGUGCAGGGGCAGCUGGGACCUUUCAGGAUAUCAGGAGUCUCUCGCUCCUCUGCCCAGAACACAUUGAAUUGGCCAUUCAAAAAUUUGUAGAUGAUGUAAAUUGCGCACUAUGCGAUAGCCCAGGGGACCUACUGGACCAGCUCUUCUGCACCAGUUGUGGUCAGCAUUACCACGGAAUAUGCCUGGACAUGGCCGUGACCCCUCUAAGGAGGGCAGGUUGGCAGUGCCCUGAGUGCAAGGUCUGCCAGACAUGCAAGAAUCCUGGAGAGGACACUAAAAUGCUGGUGUGUGACUUGUGUGACAAAGGCUACCAUACCUUCUGUCUGCAACCUGCUAUGGACUCUCUUCCCACCAAUGGAUGGAGAUGUAAGAACUGCAGAGUUUGCCUCCAAUGUGGGACACGAUCCAGCGGGCAGUGGCACCACACCAGCCUGCUGUGUGAGAACUGCGUCCAAAACCAGGACCCUGCUCUGUGCUGUCCGACGUGUACUUGCAUCCUGGACCCUGAGCAUCACAAAGACUUACUAUUCUGCCACACUUGUAAAAGAUGGCUACACCUUGAGUGCGAGCGUCAGAACUCAGGCCAAGCAGAAAUCCAUCCCAGAGAGGACUAUGUCUGUUCCAACUGCAGGUCCCCUGCUGCAGAGAAGGCGCUGCAGGCUGAGGAUAUGGAUACCGGCCCAGAGCUCAGCCCCCAGCCUGCAUCCAUGCACACAGACUCUGAGACUAUCCUACAGCUGGCUCAAAAGCACACAGACCUAGAACCUGGCACCCAGCAGCCUCCUGAAAUGCACAAUGACCCCAAACCGGAAUUACUCGCUGCUCCAUCAAACUCAGAUCCAGAGCCUGCUCAGGCUACUGUCCAGGAGGAGAAGCUGGCCACGUCAGCCCAGAGGCCUGGUAGGUCUUUGUUCCACAAAGAAGUCUCAGUGGAAGGAGAUGCUGAAAGGCAGGUUACUGAACCUUCUGCCAACAAAAUCCCCACAGAAUUCAAACCAGAAACAAAACCAGCAGCAAGAACCCAGCUCACAUCUACAGAGAGUCCUGCGUCUUCAGCGACUCCCUGCCACCAGGAGACGGAGUCUUUUCCAGUACAGCUCUCUGCGGAGGCACUACAGACACAGGACACCACGUUACAAAUCAAACCAGCAAAGACAGAGGCCUGCCCUGAAGAGGGCAUGGCCGACCCCAGCACAAAGGAUUUUAAGGCCAUCAUCCCAGCCACCAAAGAACCAAGUACUGCAUCAGUACCUGUCACGGACCAACCAGUGGAGGUCUCGCUACCCCUGCCUUCAAGUAUGGAUGUUGUCAGGAAUUCUUUUCUGGAAACUGCUCCGAAAGAACUUAACACGGAGAUGAGGGAGGGCGUUUUUCACAGAAACCUGGCAGAGACUGUUGAGCCCUCAGCCAAGAGUACAUCAGAGGAGAUGGACACUACACCAGAGGGCACGCCGCAUCUGUCAUUUCCCAGUCUGUCUUCAGAGGAGAAACCCCUCAAGACGUCUGUGGAAAGGUUGGCUGAAAUGGUUUCCUCUCCUUCCCACUCAUCCCCUCUGUUUCACGGGACAUCUCCCAGGGAACUACCGCAGUCCCAGAUCCUGCCGUCACUGGGUGACAACGGCAGUGUGAUGUCCACCACCACCACCCUCAUACCACUCACCCCAAAGAUAGGAAUGGGAAAGCCAGCUAUCACCAAGAGGAAGUUUUCUCCUGGGAGGCCAAGAGUGAAACAGGGUGCAUGGAGCCCCCAUAGCAGUGUGAGCUCCCCCUUGUCCUGGUCGCCAGACCAGCCAGAGGGGUGGGACAUCCUAAAGACCAGGCAGUCCUCUGGCAGCCCCGGCUGGAGCAUCAGAGUGGGUCGAGGAUCAGGCUUCCCUGGGAGGAGGAGGCCCAGAGGGGCUGGUCUAUCAGGUAGAGCUGGACGCGGCAGGGCCAGAGGCAAGAAUGGAGUCUGUCCAAGCAUCAACCCUGGGAUUACCACAAUAGAAACACAGUACCCGGUCAAGGAGGAGGAAGAGAAUGCCAUGCAUAACACAGUGGUCAUUUUCUCCAGCAAUGACAGUUUCACCCUAAAACAGGACAUGUGUGUGGUGUGUGGGAGUUUUGGCCUUGGUGCAGAAGGCCGUCUUCUGGCCUGUGCUCAGUGUGGCCAGUGCUACCAUCCAUUCUGUGUCGGCUUAAAGAUCACUAAGAUUGUGCUGAGUAAAGGCUGGCGUUGUCUGGAGUGCACGGUGUGCGAGGCCUGUGGCCAGGCUACAGAUCCUGGCCGCUUGCUGCUGUGUGACGAUUGUGACAUCAGCUAUCACACCUACUGCCUGGAUCCACCGCUGCAGAACGUACCCAAGGAGAGCUGGAAGUGCAAAUGGUGUGUGUCCUGUACCCAGUGUGGCGCCACCACACCGGGCCUGAGGUGUGACUGGCAGAAUAAUUACACCCAGUGUGCCCCCUGUGCCAGCAUCCCAACGUGUCCCAUUUGCCUGGUGGACUACAGUGAAGGCACCAUCAUCGUGCAGUGCCGCCAAUGUGACAGAUGGUUUCAUGCCUCUUGUCAGGGUCUCCACUCAGAGGAAGAUGUCGAGAAAGCCGCAGACAGCAGCUUUGACUGCACAAUGUGCCGAGCUUUUAAGACCACUAAAGUUGUGACUAAGGCCAGAGACGCCAUUGAGCCUGUAGUGAUGACACAGAUUGUCACAAAGGCUAAAGAGAUGGAUCUGUCGAGGACCUACACCCAGGAUGGUGUCUGUUUGACAGAGUCGGGGCUAUGCCAGCUGCAGAGCUUGUCUGCUACAGCUUCACGGCGCAGGAAGCAAAAGCCGAAGCUGAAGCUAAAAAUCAUCAACCAGAACAGUGUUGCAGUGCUUCAAGCUCCUGUAGACCUCCUCUCAGAACAUUCUCGUGAUGAAGACAUGGAGGACAACAGAGAGGCGGAGCUCAUAGAUUGCGAGGCGAAGUCUGACUCGAGCCUGGAGCGAGAGCCAGCAGAAGACGACUCCAAGGGGGGCGACGGCGGCAAGAAGAGGAAGAGGAAACCGUACCGGCCGGGCAUUGGUGGUUUCAUGGUCCGCCAGAGGAGCCGUCCAGGCCAAGGUCCAGGCAAGGCCAAACGAUCCCUCUGCAGAAAGGAUUCCUCUGGCUCCGUGUCAGAGAUUCCUUUUGGAAAGGAUGAAGGGUGGACAGAAGCACUGCCGGAUAUUCCUGUGGAUGAGAUGCUCCCUGGGCCCGAAGUCCCAGAAAAAAUAAAGAAACGCUACCGAAAGAAGAAAACCAAACUGGAGGAGGCCUUCCCUGCCUAUCUGCAGGAGGCCUUCUUUGGAAAGGACCUGCUGGACAAGAGCAAGCAGAGCAGGCAGCAGGGGGUCGAAUCAGGCUUACUGGAAGAAGGGCAGAGCCAAGUGGAGAGGAAGCACCCCACCACAAGCUUCCUGGACCCUUCAUCAGACCCUCUGCUCAGUGCCUCAGCAACAUCCCUUCCUACAAGACCUACAGUAGCCCAGUCGUCUGAGGAACCAUUAGUUGAUCUAUCUGAUGUUCUGAACACUGACGCAGACAUCUUGGGAAUGCUCGGAAAGCCAAGCAAUGACUCUGGUCUUGAUUUUUGCCCCUUCCAGGUUGACAGCUCACCUCCUUUUGCUGGUCUGGACAUUGGGCCCCUGUCGGACAGUUCCCCAGUGGCGCCUCAGGCUGGCCGGAGGACACCUCGCACCCUCCCAGAGGAACCCCUGGACGGCAUUCUCAGCCCAGAGCUGGACAAGAUGGUCACUGAUGAAUCAAUUCUCAGCAAACUUUACAAAAUUCCAGAACUGGAGGGUAAGGAUGUAGAGGAUCUCUUCACAGCAGUCCUUAGCCCCAGCACAAGCCAACCACCUCUACCACAGGUGCCUCACCCCCAGGGUCCAGGGCCCCUCCCUGCCACACCUGGCACUAGCAUGCCUCACCCGAACACAGGGAAUCCCAUGUUCCCAAGGAUGCCAAUGAUCAAUGGUAUGAUGGGACCAAACCAACGCUUCCCUGCAAAUCCAGGAACAGGCCCCUGCAUCCCAGAAAAUUUCUCUCCCCUUAACCGUAUGCCUUUCACUGACAAUCCAAGGGACAGAAAGUUUAAUCAGAUGCCUAGAGAGGCAGUUGGACAAUGGACCUCCCCUGCCCAUUGCCCUGGCCCUACACCCCCUGGACCUCUGCCUGAGGGGGAGACUGAAGCCAUGUCAAAUGCCCAAAGGAGUACACUCAAGUGGGAGAAGGAGGAGACACUUGGAGAGCUAGCCACUGUCGCACCUGUCCUGUACACCAAUGUCAAUUUCCCCAACCUCAAAGAGGAAUACCCAGACUGGUCUACAAGAGUAAAGCAAAUUGCAAAACUUUGGAGGAAAGCUAGUUCACAAGAUAGGGCCCCAUAUGUGCAAAAGGCCAGAGAUAACCGAGCAGCCCUGCGCAUCAACAAAGUCCAGAUGUCGAAUGAGACGGGGAAGAGGCAUCAUCCACAGCAACAGCCCCCUGAGGUGUUUGAUCCCAACAUACCACUAGACACAGAACUGCUGUUUAAAGACCCUUUGAAACCAAAAGAGUCAGAGCAUGAACAAGAGUGGAAGUUUAGACAGCAAAUGAGGCAGAAAAGCAAGCAGCAAGCCAAGAUUGAAGCUACUCAGAAAUUGGAGCAAGUUAAGAAUGAGCAACUCCAGCAACAGCAGCAACAGCAGCAGACAAACAGCCAGUCAGAUGGAGAUGGCAACACGAGUGGGAACCAGAGCCCAGCCUCCCUGGGCAGCAAUGGCAGCAUGUCCCCAAUGCAGCAGCUCAACUCUAAAGACGCCUUUGCUAGGCCACAGCUACCAGGGACACCUACUUUAGGCCCUCCGGAGGAUGUGUUCUUAAGACCCCCUCCUCCCCCUCCAUCUGGCCCUUCCUCCCAACCUCAGUCGCCACAGGUAUUCUCACCAGGUUCCUCUGGUUCCAGACCCUCCUCUCCGUGGGACCCAUACGCUAAGAUGGUCGGAACACCAAGACCACCAACUCUUGGGCCAAAUGCAUGUCGCAGAAUAGCAGUGGAAUCUGGUAAAUCCCCCACUUCCCUGAUGGAGCAGCAGGACAGGGGCCGUCCCUCUCCCGCUCAUGAAUCUUUUGGCUCUCCAACAUCCAUGAGCAGUGAUCCGUAUGCAAAACCUCCUGACACCCCAAGGCCAACUGGGGAAAUGGAUCCUUUUUUGAAACCCAUGGGUCCACCGAGGGCCAGUCAGGUUGCCCAGGGGAGACCCCCAAUGGGUUCUCCGGGAAGGGAAUCCUACUCGCGGCCCAUGAUAAGAAACGAGGCUUAUCAGCGCAUGGCCCAGAACAGGAUGAUUUUGUCUGACCCUUAUUCAAGGCCUUUACUAGCACCAAUCCCAGGAAGUAAUGAGUCAGGCUCAGUCCCUCUGUUCAAAACACCUAUGCCCCCUCCUCAGGCACAGGAUCCCUUCAGUCGACCAGGUCCUCAUCAUUCUGACAGGUUCUCCCAGAAUCAGCAGAAUGACCCUUUUGCUCAGCCUCCGCAUACCCCAAGACCAUCUGGGAAUGACAACUUCACCAGUCCUCCUAGAAUGGGCCAGCAUCACCCUCAGGGGCACUCCUUUGCUCAGCCAGGACCAAUGACUCAAAUGUCUAGGAAUCCUUAUGCUCAUGCACCUUCAACUCCAAGGCCUGACCACUUUACAUAUGACCCCUUUGCCCAACCCUCUGGUCCCAACAAGCCAGCUACCGAUCCUUUCUCUCAGCCUACAGUGAGCCAACGAUCCAUCAAUGAACCCAGCGCUCAACCUCGUCCAUAUUUUGAGUCCUAUGCCCGACCUCCUGGCACCCCACGUCCACAUGACAACUAUGGUCAGCCAUCAAACAACCCUAGCCCAUCCUCAGACCCUUACUCACAGGCUCCUGCUACUCCACGCCCUGGGGGGAUGAACCAGUUCACUCAUCAGUCACACCCUGGACAGAGGAUGUCACCUUCCCACUCAGUAGACCCUUAUGCUCAGCCACCAGGUACUCCACGGCCCUCAGUGGGAGAUAGAUUUUCCAAGUCCCCAGGCAGCCAGAGGGGGCCAAUGGAGUCAUUUACUAGUACACCAUCAAGACCAGGAAGUAACGACAUGUUUCAUCAGCCUGGGGCCCCCAGGCCAAUGCUUAAUGACCCUUACGCUCAGCCUCCAGGGACCCCGCGGCCUGGUUUCCAUCCUCCCCAAGGCAGGCUUCCGGAGCCCUUCGCUCAUCCGGGCUCACAAACACCAAAACACCCAAGUAUGUCUGAAGAUGGAUUUACUCAGUCACCUUCCAGAAGACUCACUCAGACACCUGGCCAUGACCCAUUUGAACAAGCUCCCAUGACCCCUCAUCCACAUUUGACAGAGAAAAUGGAUAUGAAAGAUCAGUCAGGUAUUGGUAGCAAUGGAACUAUCCCUCAAGACCAAGGCCAACUGUCUAACAACCCACAAAUGCCCGGUGUGUCUUCUGAUGCUCAGGGUGUUGCUCUUGCUGAGAGUGAGGAAAGACUCAGACAGAGACAAAGAAUUAGAGAACUAAUCCUGAAGCAGCAGCAACAGAGGAGUGCGAUUCGACAGGAGAGGGGCCCUCAGGAGCCCGCUGGUAUCAUAAACCCUGGAGCACAGCGACCCUGGCCUCAGGAGGGCCAUGGGCAACAGGGGGAAAUGUUCAACCGACCUCCUCCACCUUAUCCAGGACAAGGACCCAUGAGAGGGCCAAUGAGGUUUCCUGGACCUUUUCCAGGGGAUCAGCGUGUCUCUUUCCCUAAUGAGGGACAAAUCCUUCGGGGCCCUCAUCCUGGGGAUCCUAAUUUGAGACAUCAGGGACCAAGGUUUGCAUUUCCACCCGGGGUUCUGGGACCACAUGGGCCCCAAGAGUUCUUUCCCCGGGGACAACACCCAAUGCAGGAUGUCCCACCUCAAAUGAGACGCUCCAUGUCUUUAGAAAUGGCAAAGAGUAUGGGAGGCAACCCCAUGGGGCUACCCCAACACUUCCCACCACGUGGUAUGCCAGUGCAACAGCACAAUAUAAUGGGCCAGCCUUUCAUUGAGUUGCGUCACAGAGCAGCAGAAAACAGGCCACGGAUGCCAUUUCCACCAGGUGCCAUGCAAGGGAGCAACAUUGAUCCCAACUUGCAGGUUCAAAGGCAAGCAGGCUUUCCAGGAGCACCCGAUUCCAGGUUCCCCUUCAAUCAUGGGUUCAGGAUGAUGGACCCCAUGAACAGCCAGACUGGCCAUUUACAAAUAUCUGCCAGCAUGGAUAAUCUUCAUCAGCAGGCACAAAUGUCAGGAAACAACAUCAUACUCAAACAGUCUCCUUUGAUGAGAUCCAUGAGCCAGCCUGCCUCAAAUGAGACCCAGAACAUGGCAGCAUCAAUGGCCCUGACUGCACCCCCUGCUGGGCAGACUGAGACUGUCUCGGUGUCCAGCAGUGAAGCGGUGGAGGAGAAACUGGAUGCAGAGGAAUCUGCGGUCAAAGAUCUUGAGGAUGUGGAGGUGAAAGAUUUAGUGGAUGCUGACUUGGAAAACCUAAAUUUGGAUCCUGAGGAUGGUAAAGACCUAGACCUGGAGACAAAUGACUUGCACCUUGAUGACUUCCUAACAUCUGGGAAAUUUGAUAUCAUUGCCUAUACGGACCCUGACCUAGAUGACAUCAAGAAAGACAUGUUUAACGAGGAACUGGAUCUCAGUGAUCCUAUGGAUGAUAAUGCUGACGCCACGGACAUUAACAAAAGCUUGAGCACUGAAACUGAGGCUUCAUCCAGUUCAGCAUCUGUACUGGCAAAGUCAGAGGCCUCAGGUGAGCAGUCUUCUACUCACGUCAAGCUAGAAGCCCCUGGGAAUCAGGACUCUGCUUCUUUUGCACCGGGGAAAGAAAUAAAAACAGAGGUCAAAGACUGCCAGAAAGCACACGAGGUGAUCGACCAGCAAGCUGCUGGAAACACCUUAACCUCAAACCAGCAGGGAGUGCUCUCUGACUCCACCCCAGUCCUUUCUAGUUUACUCAUUAAGCAGCAGCCUGAGGAGCAGUCAUUAAAUCCAAUCGGUGAAUCUGUCAGUCAUGGAGGUAACCUCAUGCCCCAGCAGAACCAAGUCACUGACACUCAGCAUACCUCUGGACUUACAAUGAGUCAAACAAUAUCCGACGACACCACUGCAGGAGAAGCUUCUAUGGCUGGCUUCGGAGCAGACCACCAGGUGGGGCUACCCGCUGGAGUGGACCCGAGUUGUCUGACUCAGGCCCAGCAGGCAGCGUUGAACCACGCACUUAGUCAGCAACCGCGUCCUCUUCUGCUGGAAGAGCAGCCACUCCUGUUGCAGGACCUGCUAGACCAGGAGAGGCAGGAGCAACAGCAGCAGAGGCAGAUGCAAGCCAUGAUACGACAGCGUUCCAGCGACACCUUCUUCCCCAACAUUGAUUUUGAUGCCAUCACUGACCCCAUCAUGAAAGCCAAAAUGGUUGCCCUGAAAGGCAUCAACAAAGUCAUGGUUCAGAACAACAUGGGAAUUACCCCAAUGGCCAUGAACAGAUUUCCGCCUGGUCCUGUACCACCUUGUCCCGAAAGUACACCUGUUCCUCCGCAAGCUGUUGGACAGGAUGGCAAAUUGACACAAGUAACAAGACUGAAUCCUCCAAACUUUGGACCAGGAUUUGUCAACAAUGCUCAGAGGGCUCAGUAUGAGGAGUGGCUCCAGGAGACUCAGCAACUACUUCAAAUGCAGCAGAAGUUUCUGGAAGAGAAGAUCGGCGCCCACAGAAAGUCUAAGAAAGCCCUGUCUGCCAAGCAGAGAACAGCUAAGAAGGCAGGCAGAGAGUUCCCCGAGGAGGAUGCUGAGCAGCUCAAACAUGUCACAGAGCAGCAGGGUGUAGUGCAGAAACAACUGGAGCAGAUCCGCAAGCAGCAGAAGGAGCACGCCGAACUUAUAGAGGAGUACAGAGUGAAACACCAGCAAAACAAUAUGACGCCCAUAAUUCCUGGGAUGCACCCCAUGCCAGGCCCUGCAGGCAUGGUCCCCAGUGGACCAGCAAUGGUUCAGCCUCCCAUGAACCCUAUGAUGCAGAUGCCACUUCACCCUGGCCAGACAAAUGCACCUCCACGUAUGCCCAACCCACCGCCUGGCUGGCAUCCAGGGGCUCCUAUGCCCAUGGGCGGACCAGGCAUGCCACCCAUAAUACCCCCCCAGUUACCUGUGGGAAAUCCAGGCCCGCCCCAUCAGAUGUCAAUGGGUACCAUGCCCCAGAACAUGCCCCAGCACCCACAAAUGCCAGUGGAGCCCCAAGCUGCACCAGCUCCACCAGGUGGCGUAAAACCCAUGCAGGCAGGCGGUGUGAAGUUUGAUGACAACAACCCAUUCAGUGAAGGCUUCCAGGAGCGGGAGAGGAGGGAGAGGCUUAGGGAGCAGCAGGAGAGACAGCGGGUGCAGCUCAUGCAGGAAGUUGAACGACAGAGAGCCUUGAAACAUCGUAUGGAAAUGGAGCAGCAAGGGAUGAUGGGGCCAGAUGGGAGCAUGGCACCACUUGCACAGAUGCCAUUUUUUAAUGCAGAGCUGCCACAAGACUUCAUGCAGCCUCAGCGGCCGCCUCUACAGCAGCAGCCUCUAGGACCAGUGUUUCCCCAGCAGCAGGGCACGCAGCCUGGAAUGGGCUCACCACCUGGAACAUUUAUGCAAGGUGAAAGGAGGCCCUUGAUGGGCAAUGGGAUGAUGCCUCCGGAUAUGGGACCUGGUUUUGGACCUGAUAAUCUUGCCCUUCAAGCACCUAACUUUCCCCAGGGUCAGUUGAGACCUCGUCAGUUCAGUGGCCCAGGGAUGAUGCUUCAGAUGCCAGGUGAGGGUCUGCCAUUUGACUCGGCUACACCUCUACCAUCUAACUUUCCCGGGUCAGGUCAGUCCCUUAUCCAACUCUACUCCAACAUCAUCCCGGAUGAGAAAGGGAAAAAGAAGAGGAGCCGCAAAAAGAAGAAAGAUGAUGACGCAGAUUCAGUCAAGACGCCUUCAACUCCACACUCUGACCUAACGGCCCCUCUCACACCAUGCGUCUCAGACACUUCAUCAACUCCAACCAGAAACACCCAUCUCUUCGGAGACCAGGACUUGUCAAGGUCCCCAUUACUGGGAUCCUCCACCCCAAGUCACUCAGAGCUGGAAAGACAGCUUUCUGGAGGACAGUCUGGACAGCUAGGUCUCUCAUCAGACUCGGCAAGGGCACAGGCACAGGAGCAUGACAGGAUUCUCAACAACAUAAAGCUGGAGCAGACUGAGGCCAGCGAAUGUCACGGACCCAUCGGCUCAGAAAUGAGUUCUGUGAAGGUGGAGGGUAGUAAAGGGAGCAUGUCUCCCUUCCCUGCAGGGCAAAGUCCAAACAAGGGUGAGGCGGGCAAUGAGCUGCUCAAACACCUUCUGAAGAACAAGAGUACACCUCCACCUGGAUUGCCGCAGCAGAGGUCGGAGGAGAGCCUGCGCUUAGAGGAAGAAGAGCAUGCAGACUGCAAAAGCCUGCUGAGGCAAAGCUCCAUGGACAGCAAUGGGGCGUACUCGGAUGGCGCCCAUGACUUUCCCGGACCUCUGGUCCCUGAGCAAGAAAAAAAGAAAGGGAGGAACAAGAGAGCACCAAAAGGAGGAGAGAAGCCUGCCUCUCGCUACAAGAAGAGAAAGAAGGAAGGAGAUGAGAGGCAACUGAUGCACUCAGGUGCCGACACUGUCAUGACCCAAAUCAAACAGCAGCUCUCCCUGCUGCCCCUCAUGGAGCCUCUGAUUGGGGUCAACUUUGCCCAUUUCGCUCCCUAUGGCAGCGGCCAGCUCAACGGAGAGAACCUCUUAUCUGGUACUUUUGGCAGCGCUUCACUCGAUGGGGUCUCCGACUAUUAUUCCCAACUGGCCUACAAGCAGAGUAACCUGAGUAAUCCCCCGACACCACCGGCAUCUCUUCCUCCCACCCCACCACCCGUGAACAGACAGAAAAUGAUCAACGGAUUUGCCACAACAGAAGAACUGGCGAGCAAAGCUGCUGCUAUGGUGUCCAAAGGCCUGGUCCCUAAGCCGCUGCAUGUCCCGUUUAGAACUGAGGAAGAUCUACUAGCCCGGGCCAUCGCGCAGGGACCCAAAACUGUGGACGUUCCAGCCUCCCUCCCGACCCCUCCACACAACAACCAGGAGGAGCUCAGUAACAGAGGACAGGAGCCUUGCAAAGACCGCGACACACCUGACAGUUUUGUUCCAUCCUCAUCUCCCGAGAGUGUGGUUGGCAUGGAGAUCAGUCGCUUCCCAGACCUGUCUCUGGUGAAGGAAGAGCCACUGUCCCCCUGCCUGUCUCCUGUCCUCCCCAUGCUCCCUGCACCUGAUGGGAAAGGGUCAGAGAUCAAACUCCAAGAUAUCAAGACUGAGCCGUCUGCGAUGUUCUUCGGCUCCCCUUUUGGCCCUGUGUCUUAUGACUCCAAACAAAGGCUGGUGUCUGUAGCUAUCACACUGAGACCAACUGCAGCCGAGAACAUCACAGGUGUAGUAGCAGCCAUUUCAGACCUACUGUGUGUGAAGAUCCCCAGCAGUUAUGAGGUCAGCAGCACCCCAGACAGGGGGCCACUAUCUAUGCUCAGUGGUCCAAGAGUGGGCCCCCAUGGCAUGGAGCCUCGGCCUCCCAUGCUCUUUCAUGGACAAGGAGACAAUGGAGGGUUUCAUGGGCGUCCGGGACAGAUGAUAAGACCCGGUGGAGUGCAGGGGAUGAUGCAACAGCAGCAGGCACACCAUUUCCGCUUCCACCCCAACAGCCCAGGUGCUGCUGUAGCUCGAGGACCUGACCAGAAGACCGCGGCCAGCCCCGGGUGUAAACCACAGUGGUGCUGCCACUGUAAGGUGGUGGUUCUGGGAAAUGGAGUACAGAAAUCCAUCAAGGACAUCACUGCACACAUGAAGGAAUCUGGCGGCCGUUUAAAAUCUGAAGAAGACUUGGUCUUCUGCAGUCACAGCUGCUUCCUUCUCUACUGUUCCUCCUCAUCACCACUGCAGUCUAGAUCAGCCACAGAAACUAAGGAUUCGGUCUCCCUCCUCCCAGCAUCUGAGCAAACCGAGAGCCUCUCGAAAGCUCAGCACCAGUAUAGUAACAACAUGUCAUCGCUGGAUGUUCAUUGCCUUGCACAGCUUCAGCCCAAGCAGUCUCCCCCCUCUACCCCACCUAUCCCCUUCCCCAUAGCAGGUGCGACCCCAAAGAUGGAGACAAAGUCUGACGCCAUCAAAGUGACCGUGAAGCUGAAGGCACGGCCAAGGUCCCAUGACAGCUGGAACCAGGGAAAAAGACAGAAAGGACUCCGCUGGAGGAAGUGGACUGUCCAGAUCGUGGUGCCAAGAGGGAAUUCCCAACUCCCAGAUGAGGAUAAGAUUGAUGACCUUCUUAAGAAACUUGGAGCCUCCUUGCGCCCUCCGACCUCGCUCCAUGACCAGAGACGUUGCUGCUUCUGCCACCAGUUUGGAGAUGGGAUCACUGAUGGCCCUGCUAGGCUGCUCAAUCUUGACCUUGAUGUAUGGGUUCACCUAAACUGUGCUCUGUGGUCGACUGAGGUGUAUGAAACCCAGGCUGGCGCCCUUAUCAAUGUGGAGCUUGCGCUGCGUCGAGGACAAACGGUACGCUGCGCCUACUGCCAGCAGACUGGAGCCACCAGUGGCUGCCACCGCCUACGUUGCACCAAUGUCUACCAUUUCACCUGUGCUCUGCAAGCUCAGUGCACCUUCUUCAAGGACAAGACCAUGCUGUGUCAUGCCCACAGGCCUCGGGGAACAGCAGGACAAGCAUUGGAGCACGAGCUGCGCUGCUUCGCUGUCUUCCGACGUGUCUACGUCCAAAGAGAUGAAGUGCGUCAGAUUGCCAGUGCGGUGCAGCGCCCCGAGCUGGGCUACACCUUUCGGGUCGGCAGCCUGGUGCUGCAUGCAAUGGGCCAACUGACUCCUCUACAAAUGGCAGCUUUCCAUUCCCCUACAGCCAUCUUUCCAAUCGGGUAUGAGGCUUGCCGCAUUUACUGGAGCAUGCGCCAUGGCAACCACCGUUGCCGUUACGUUUGUUCUGUUGAAGACAGCGAGGGACUGCCAGAGUUUACCAUCAGAGUCAUUGAACAGGGCUACAAAGACCUGGUCCUCUCUGAUGCCUCUGCUAAAGGAGUGUGGGAUAAGGUUCUGGGUCCUGUUGCUGACCAAAGAACUGAAUCCGGCACUCUGAAGCUGUUCCCUGUUUACCUGAAGGGAGAGGACCUGUUUGGGCUCACAGUCCCCGCAGUUACCAAAAUCACUGAAUCGCUCCCUGGAGUGGAGGCGUGUGACAGGUACUCUUUCCGUUAUGGACGUAACCCUCUUGUGGAGUUGCCUCUCCUGUUCAAUCCAGCUGGCAGUGCCCGAGCCCAGCCAAGGACAAGCUCCCCCUACAUUUCACUGAUCAUCAGGCCACAACCACAGGCUUUAUCCAGCGGCAAUGCCAGGUCUAACCAGAAUGUGGCCCAAGGAGAAGGUGGCGCCCCCCAUAGCAAGCCUCCAGUAGUGCACCCCAGGUCCUCUCAGUACCGCUGGAUGAAGAGUGAGUGGAGAGCCAAUGUCUAUCUUGCCCGCUCCCGCAUCCAGGGCUUGGGGCUGUUUGCUGCGAGAGACAUUGAAAAACAAACUAUGGUGAUUGAGUAUAAUGGAACCAUCCUCCGAAAUGAGGUUGCCAUCAGGAAGGAGAAGAUCUAUAGAUCUCAGAACCGAGAAGUGUUCAUGUUCCGCAUCGACAGUGAGCAUGUUGUUGAUGCCACUCGAACUGGAGGGCUCGCAAGAUAUAUCAACCACUCUUGUGCCCCGAACUGUGUCGCUGAGGUGGUUACAUUCGAAAGGGGUUAUAAAAUAAUCAUCAGCUGCAUUCGCAGAAUUGAAAAAGGAGAAGAGCUUUAUUUCGACUACCAGUUUGACACCGCGGAGGGUCAGCACAACAUUGCCUGCCACUGUGGAGCUCCCGAGUGCAGGAAGUGGAUAAACUAAAGACAACAAACCUUAAACGCAUUCCAUGCUAUGGUGUGUGGAUGCUGUGAUCUCUGCACAGAGAACAAAAAAAGGCUUCACAUUAAAGUCAUUUUUAUGAAUGAGCAGAAGCCCUGAACCCCCUCGGAGGAGAAGAAUGAAUUGACUUGUUGGUUCAUCAAGGUAAUGGGGGGGGGAGCACGGGUGGAGGAAGGGAAAAUGUAACACAGUAGCAGGAUGUGACUUGUGCCAUAUGUGAGGGGCUCUGUUGUAUGAGACGCCCCUGUCUGUAUCUGUGCGUUUGUUUGGUGUACAUGGGGUGCGGAAUCCACCAGCGAAUGAGAAAGCACUGUGCAGGGUGCGGCCUUAUUGCUUACUAAGGGCAGGCCCUUUUGUUUCAUACUGUUAAUGUAUACCGUAUGACUAAAUGUAGACAUCACUGAAUGAGGAAUGUACAGCAAUGAAUACUGCGAAGGGAAUAUUAACUUGCACUAAAAAAAAGAAAAUAAACAAAAAAACAAAACACACACGCACACACACACACACACACACACACACAAACUUUUAAAAUACUUGAUUCCAUGAGUCAGUUUUAUCAUAGGUCUCCGUCAUGUGAUUUGUGUGGAAUUUGAGAGGUUUUUGUAUUUAUUACUGAGUGAAUGAAUUUUAUUCUCAAAAAUUAUGAGAUUGAGUUGAAGAAGGCUAGAUUGCUAUUGUUUUUGAAGACUGAAGAAGACAUGCUGUUACUUUUGUAUAGAUGUACAUAAAGAAAACUAUAGGAAUAACCGACCAAAUACUACCUUAACCUUCUUGAUGUUUGGGUGUUUUUUGAAUUGUUUCUGUUUGUCAUUGAAAUUUAUUUAAGAUGGACGUUAUUUCCGUUUUGAGAGUAUAUAUUAUGAUUAUUCUGUACAGAAUUUGUAAUAUAACCACAAUAAUUCACAAAGUAUUUUUGUUGUAUUAAAAGUAAGGUAUUGUAGCGUAUUGUUUUGUGACUUACACAUACUUUGACCACUCAAAAAAUAAAUAUUUUUGUUGACUAACGUAACAAGUUAUCAGUUACAGAAUCAAAGAAAAAAAAGACUCUUCAACUAGUAAGAGAUCGUUGUGAUCUGUUUGCUGUUAAUCAGGUUUGAUUUUAAAGAACUGUGAAUUAGGUUUUGAAACCCAAAAAAACAACUUUUUAACUUUUUAACACGAAUAGGAACACCAACAUGUAUUUAUCUGUUUCUGUUUUUACUUUACUUUUAAAACAAGGUGCAAACGUCUAAUGGUGUUUUUGAAUUAGACAAACUAGUGUGUGAUGGAAAGAAUGGGGAACUCUUACUCGGAACCAUGGGUCAUUAGUUCUACCUUUUUGGACAGAAAUGGCAUUCUCCUUAAUCAGAAAUAUUUCUUAUACCGACACGUCACAGGUCACAUGCUUAGAAAUGGAAGAGUUUUUGCGUGCACAAUUUCAAGUUGACUGUAAAAUUUUGGAGACAGUCUUAGAACUUGUAAUGUAUAUGGCAUGUAUUUUUUUAACUUUCCGAAGACUCAAUUGUAUAUAUUUUCUCAAUGAAUGGUUGUAACAAAAUUGUUUCUUGAUAUUUUUCUUCUCUUGUAUGAUAUUACAUCAUCCUGCCAGUGUGUUUGUGCUACAUUUUCUUGGUCGUGUAAAGUAGUCAGAUUUUUUUUUUCUUCCUUGCUUUCUUUCUUCCUACCUUCCUUUUUUUUUUUUUUUUAAAUGCCUUUUGAAGUGUACAGAGUAUGGAGUUUGUGGAAUUGAAUUUAGAAACAUUUACAAAAAUAAACUAUUUUACAUGUUAA